GAAGGCGUAUACUUGGACGUCGCCGAGCCGAGGCGCACACGUUUCGCAAACUGUUCUCUGCCACGACCAGCAUACCUCUCUUGUUUUGACCACCACGUCUUCCCGUCUUUCAUUGGACCUACUAUAAUUCUCGGAACUCCCAACUUUUCUGAUCGCAGCCUUGCACAUCGACACGGAUGGCGUCCUCGCCGACCCCGACGGCCCAGCGUCGUCGCGGAGUAUGGGAGCCGCUGCCUAUUAUAUAUUACGGCUACGCCAUAUAUCCCUUAUCACCUUCGCGUCGUGAUACGCGCAUCUCUGCACGGACCCGGCUGUCCAGCAUCACGGAGGCCUCCACCGACGACCGCUUUGCUUACCGCGACGUGGUCAGCCUUGAGGUCGGAGACGAGGUCUAUGCUUUCGAGCGCUACACUCCGCGCGGGAAGGAGGUCGAGGGCGAGUGGUAUCGCGGAUAUGUAGUGUGCACCACGCGCCGCCCAAGCGUAACGUGGGCGAUGUCUGCGCACGACGCCGUGCCGACUGCGCCCCCAAGGCCGCCCCCGAAGACGGAGGAGACGCAGCAGGUCUUCCUCGGCAUCUUUCCCGCGUCACAUAUCCACGUCCGGGACCAGCUCGCAGACGCCGAAGGCCGCCUCGCUGACCUCGCAGCCUCUUUCGCCGCCUCUUCGCCCCCGCACGUGAACGGACACAACGGCCGGCCCGAGGACGCGCCCACGCUCGUGCGGAGCAAGAGCGUGCACACGGUCAAAGACAGGGACGACGACGAUACGCCCGGUUCGGAACGCAAGUCGUUCCGGCUCGGGCCGCCUGCAGACCAGGCGUCCUCCUCACGCGCAGGACUGACCGUUUACCCGCCCUCGGUGCGCUCGCUCUCGCGCUCGUCUUCACCGACAUCGACGCAUUCGCAUUCGCGCACACACUCGCGCUCAACUUCCAUCAACAACGGGCCGCCCGGACUUGGAGGUGCAGACGAAAAGCCGCCGCUCCCUCGUCCGACGAUCAAAGCUGCGGACGAUACGCGCUCUGGCGCGUCGCAACCGCUCAUCGAUGAAAUCGCAUCGGCGCUUCGCGAAUGGCACGCACUCGCGUUCCAUCACCUUGCCGCACGCGACUACGUUCGCUUCCGCGCCGUGCGCGAGCUAGUUGACGCGCUCCACCUCGGCCGCCGCCAACUCCUGGCACAAACGCUCUCGCAGGAGGAAACCGCCAUGCUCCGGCGCGAGUGCGUGCGGCAGCUCGUCGCUGGAAACGUACUCCAAGGCCUCGACGUCGUCGUGCGGCACCCGGUCUGGGGCGGGCUCGUGACGUGCGACGUCGUGACCGAGUUCCCCGGUGCGCAGGGGGGUGCGAACGCCGCGGCAAAUGCGGCACUGCAGGCUGCGUUGGAGGUCGACAGGCGGAACUGGGUGAGCGCAAUCCGCAUGUAUGCGAUGCAGGUCGGGCUCGCCUACAUGGACGUCGGGCCACACGACUCCGGUCCUGACGUGGGACUCAACGGCACGCCGCUGCCUACCGUGGACUUCUCGACGGCCGGCGCGCCACUGCCGACGCCCGCGCACUCCGCGUUCCCGGAGGCGUUCCCGGGGGGCUCGCUGCGCGCACGCGGCGGGACCGUCACGUCGACGUCUUCGCCCUUUCCCUCCUCGCCCCUCCCGCAGGUAGCCUCGUUUUCUUCCUCUUCUACCGCCGCGGCCACCCUUCCGACAAACUUCUUUCACGUCUUUCUCGACCUUCGUGCCUUUGUCGCGUCGCCCUGCGCGCCGGGCGAGACCGCAGAACUCUUUUUCUCGCUUUACGACCAAGCACAGGCGCGCUUCGUCUCUGAGGAGUUUUGUGCCGUGCUCAACCACCAUGGCGUGCUCGCGCGGGACGGGGGCCGGAGCGGGCGGAUACGGACGUUGUUCACGGACCUGGUCAAGGCGGAUGUGGAGCGCCCGAUUUGGCUCGUGUGCAGAAUCGUGGUGCGGCGGGCGGGGAUGAAGGCCUCGAACGGCGGCGGGUUUGUGAAUGGCGGAACAAUCGAGGAGGAGCCGGGUGCGGAGACGACGGGCAUGGGGCGGAGGGGGAGCGAGGCGAUGGUACAUGUCAAUGGCGAAGGAGAUAGAGAGGGCGGGUUAGCGUAUAGGCGGCCGUUUGGGUGCGCGGUGCUGGAGUUGACCCAGCUUGCAAAGGCGCGGGUGGCGAGCGAGGAGGGGCGUUGGGAUGCUGGCGCGGCGAAGGAGCACACGAUGCCGAUUUGGGUGCCAGUGAACGAGAGCGUAUUUUCGAUGUUGCACCAGGAUGUUAUUGCGGGGAACACGCGAGAGUACGAAAAAUCACCGAAAGCGGAGAUGCUUGCCGUGUCGAUCAAAAUCUUCCGCGGGAACGCGCAGACGAUCGUGAAGGAGAAUAUGUCGAUCCUCCAGGACGCUCCGCUCACGCUCCGGCUCAACUUCCCCGACGUUGUCUUCCCAGGCGACUCGCGAAAUGAGCUGUACGUGAAGCUUUGGGCGGGCGACUUCGCGCCUACCCACACUCGAACCGGUUCUACUUCCGCGCGGCGCUCUAUGGUCGUUUUCCCGCGCAUGGGUCAGCUCGGCGGUGCGCUGCAAGGUGCAGCGGAGAACGUGCAGGUCACAAUCGAGGUCCGCGAUAACGAGGGACGGCCCAUCGAGCAUGCCAUCAGUAUGGGCGCCGGAGAGCCGCCCGUUACGCACUUCCACUCUAUUGUCUUCGCGCGUAACAGCCAACCAACGUUCGGUGAGCUCGUCAAGGUAGCCCUUCCCCGUACCGGGCUCGAACGUUGGCACCUCUUCUUCACCUUCCGCCACCGCUCCGGGCGCGAGCGCGGAGCGCCCGACCGCCCAUUCGCGUUCGGUUUCCUACCGCUCGUUCCGGAUGCACGCGCGUUUCUCGAGGAUGGCGAGCAUGUACUCGUGCUGUACCGCGCAGAUCGCCUUGCACAGCUCGCACCCGAGACGUACCUCGCCGCGACGCCGGAGCUGGGCCCCGGCCAGCGCGUGGAUCAAGUCUCCGUUCCGCCGGAGAUGCAGCGCAUCGCCCAGCCGCUGCGCGAUAGCGCCACAUUACGGACGUCGUUGACCUCCACGCGCUUCACACAGAACACAGUAUUAAUGCACCUUUUCAACUGGCCGCAGAUCGCGGAUGACCGCGAGCUGCUUCGGACGGUGCUCACCAAGUUCACGUUCGUGGGUGAGAUGGAGAUCGUCAAGUUCCUCCGCGACAUAUUCGAUGCCCUCUUUGGCCUCCUCGCUAGUGCACACAAUCAGGCGGGCGAGUUCGAUCGCCUCGUGUUUGACGCGCUCGUAACGGUACUCGGGAUCGUGCAGGAUCGGAGGUUCAGCAACUUCCAGCCAGUGUUAGACGUCUACAUCGAGCAGCACUUUAACAGUGCUGCCGCAGCGUCGCACAUGAUUCACUCCAUGAACCAGCUCCUCGCGAACCCUACCGCGCCUGACACAGCGAGCGCGCUUCGCGCGGCGCUCAAGGUAUGGCAUUACGUGUUCAAAUUCAUCGCACGAUCGCGAGAGCUGCAAAAGGUGAAGGAGGUCGGCAUGGGCGGCGGCGCGACGGCCGAUCACCUCGAGCUUACGUUCAGGCGCGAGCUGCGUGCGCACCUUGCGGAGGUGAACAAGUUGAUGGCUACGACUACACCGCCGUCGAUCAUCGGCACGCAGACGAUCGCCCUCCAGCACUUCACGAGCAUCCUCCCUGAGCUCGCGAAAAUGUUUACCACCGUCGAGCUUGUCACGAUCGCAACCACGUUCGCCAACUCGGUCGCGAGGACGCGAGGGAAAAUAGUGAUCUGGAAGUUGAUCAUGUACCUCCAGAUGGUGAAGGGCUUCCUGUUCGACAACCCGCAGUCGCGCGCGCUGCUUGUGGAGGCGGUGGUCAUCUGGAUCAAGCCGCACUUCGGCCGGUUCGACGAGUACGCACAUGUGACAACAGCCGACUCGGAGAGUGCCAGGGACGCGGCAAGGCUCGCAUGGAUGGAGAGUACGCGCCUGUGCGUGACGAUCAUCGCGGUCAUGCUUGACAAGCUGCAGCAGUGCUUGAUCGACCCGAGCAUCAUCACCGACCGGAGCCGCUUCCGCCAGGAGCAAGACAAUGUCGAGUAUCUGCUCUCACUUCUUCCGAGACUGCUGGAUGCUUAUCGGGAGUUCCAAUCCCCCCAGUUCAUGCUUUCGCUGGAGCACACCCGCACGGUGACCAGCCAGCCGGCGGCGGUCCCUGUCACCUUUCCCGAAUCCUACCCGUUCUCGAUGCUGGCCUACAUGCCACACUCCCAGAGGCCCCCGCACGCAUCGUCGAGCACGAGCCUCGCGGACGCCACCUUCAACCCAGGCCUGGGCGAAACGGCCAUCGUAUUCCUCGUGCUAAUCUUGUCGUCACCAAAAAAGCACAUACUCGAGUUCUUCCAAUCGAGUUUUGAGAUUGAGGGGCGGGACAAUUUUGCGACGCUCCUCUCGCUGUUUUUCAACGUUGCGACGUCGAUUCUGAACAAUGAUGCCUUCCCGAGCAACUGGCUUAACGUGAAUAUCCUCGUGCACAAGGUUCUUAUCAAGAUCAUGGAGCCCAUCGCAACGUUGUUGGAGAAAGAGUUUAUUCCGAACGACGAGAAAUCGCCGUCGUUUAAUGCGGGGCUGUGGCAACAGGUGUUCCAUAUGUUACUCAAGUUGCUGUCCUCGGAACAGCUGGCUAUCGAAGAGUGCAGCCCUCAGAAACGUCGCGCUGUCUGGAGAUUGGCCGGUGACAUCCGUGGUGAAGGGGCAGCAAUCCUGCUUAGGCUUUGGGACUCCCUGGGAUGGUCGGAUGAUGUCUCUGCGGAAGCAGGAGCGAUCACGCGAUACGGCCGCUACCAAGCUACUCUCAGCUCUCUGGUCGGCCAAGUUGUCAACCUUUGCCUCAGUCAUCAUGAUCAACUCCGUAAUAACGGCGUGCAGAUCCUCUACAGCAUGAUUGUGUCGGAGUACUACCAGUCUGACCAUUUCGACGAGAUCGAGAAUGAGGUUGUUAACAAGCUGGACUCGUUAUUCAUGUCGGACAGCAAAGGCGACGACAUCUCAAGAGCGUUUUUUAUCAGCCAGCUGCGUCAUCUGUUCGACAGCUCCGAUGUGGACGAGCACCUGCGCAACCGCGUGAACAGCUUCCUAGACUCCGUGGAUCUUUUCCUGGAGCUCCUUCUCAGCGUGCGCGCUCUCCCAGAAGGAGAAGAGUUUGCCGAUGAUCGGGUUAUCGCAACUUUGCGGUUGAUGAACUUCAUCCGGAGGAUCGGACGCGACGAGAUAUACAUCAAAUACGUCCAUCAGCUUGUCAAUAUGCAUCUUCAAUCACAAAACUAUGUCGAAGCAGCGUUGACCCUCAAACUUCACUCUGAUCUGCAUGAAUGGGAUCUCAACUCUUUCGUCCCGCCCAUGGAGGACCUUGGCCUGCCCCAACAGUCCCAAUUCCACAGAAAAGAGACAUUGUGCCUGCUCAUCCUUGAUUAUUUAGGGAAAGGCAAGGCUUGGGAAAGUGCGAUUGAAAUAUGCAAGGAGCUCGAGUAUCAGCACUCGGAGGUGACCUUCAAUUAUGGUCGGUUGUCGGAAAUUCUGCGACAUCAAGCUGCCUUGCUUGAACACAUCGUGACGGACCAACGAUACUAUCCCGACUAUUUCCGCGUCGCUUAUUACGGCAACUUCCCUACAGCUAUUCGCAACAAGCAGAUAAUUUAUCGAGGAUACGAAUGGGAGAAAUUCGGCGCAUUCUGCGAACGUAUGCUGAACAAACACCCCGGUGCCCAACUGCUGAAGACGAUGGGAGAUCCCCCUCCCGAUAUACGUUUCGGAAGCGACCAGUACAUACAGUGUACUGCAGUCACUCCGGAACCUAAUCGUGAAUUGCCGAUCUUCACUAACCCGGACGUACCGGCGGCUGUACGGAUCUAUUACGAGCAUUGCGCUGUCAAUACGUUCAGCUGCUCACGCCCCUUCAUCAAGCGCACCCGUGAUGGUGAAGAGGAGCAAUGGAUCGAGAAGACGUAUUUCACCACCGAGGCAUCCUUCCCCACGGUGCUACGGCGAUCCGACGUUUUGGCUGUAGAAGUUCAGGAAAUAUCACCCAUCGAUAAUGCUAUCACGGAAGUACAACAAAGGACCAAGGAAUUGACCAUCCUUUAUAUGAAAUACUCCGUGCUCGCCAAGGCCUCACAAACCGUACCCACAAAUGCCCUAUCUAUGACGCUCAACAGCGCCGUUGACGCGCCUGCGAAUGCUGGAAUAGCGUUGUUUCGACAUUAUCUCAGCUCAGAAUACUCUGUCCGACAUCCCGAUCGCGCUGAAACAGUGGAGAAGCUGCGGCAAGCCAUCGACGACCAGGUCCGCGCAAUAGACAAUUGUCUUAAGCUCCAUGGGCAAGUUUGCCCACCGGAAAUGCUGUCGUUCCACGAUACACUAGAAAAAUUCUUCAAAAAGAACUUCCACGAGGAGAUCAAACGGUUAUUCGAUGAUACUUCCAUCAACGGCGACGUAUCUUUUGGCGCCCGAUCGAAGCGCAAUGGUCCUUCGCAAUACGCUGGCUCGCACGAUCAGCAAUCAGUCAACUCUGCGAGAGAUCCUACCCUCAUCGCGCCCCUACAAUUAGGUCAUACCCCGCUUUCCCCCAUACCGUUGUCCCCACACUUCUUGUCUUCUCAGCAAGGGUCGUCCUCCAAGCAGACUCCGCUCCAACGCCAUCUACGCCAUUUGGCUCGUCAUGGAAUCAACGGCGUGUCUUCCGGACCCGAAAACACCACCAGUGACGAGCAUCACUCCUUGGCUUCGCCGCCGGAGUCCUUGAUCACAGUUGGGAACACGACUGCGCCUGGGGCGCCUUCCAUCGCACCUUCAGAACUUCGAAGCAUCACCGGAUCUGUCAAGGGAAGAUUUUCACGACUGGGCAGUUUGAGUUUUCGGAAAAGAGGCGGAUGA